UAUGGCCUGAAUCAGUUUUCUUUACUUAACAACUCAAAGUACUAUCAUGUCAUUGGAGGACUCCCCCCAGAUGCUAUGCAUGAUAUACUGGAAGGUGUGCUACAAUACAUUGUUAAAGAAUUAUUAAAAGAAUUCAUCUUUGAAAAGAGAUACUUCAAACUAGACGACCUUAAUAAAAGGAUGCAGGCAUUUGAUUUUGGUUAUCAUAAUGAUACCAAUAAACCUGCUCCAAUUCAAGCCCAAAGACUUCUUUCAUCAGACAAUAGUUUAAAGCAGCACGCAAAUCAGAUGUGGUGUCUUGGCUUACAUUUGCCAUUUCUUAUUGGUGACCUUAUAGAAGUAGAUGAUCAGCACUGGGGGUUACUCUGUACCUUACUUCAAAUUGUUCGUAUAAGUUUUACUCCAAUUGUGAGCAGAGAGCAAGUUUCAUAUCUUCAAAUACUCAUUCAAAAGUUAUUACAAAAUUUUAAAGAAUUGUUUCCAGAAUGCAGUAUCAUUCCAAAGAUGCACUACAUGGUUCAUAUGCCAAGAGCAAUACUUCAAUUUGGGCCUCUUGUGCGAAGUUGGUGCAUGCGCUACGAAGCAAAACACCAUUACUUUAAGAGGUUGGCAAUAGUGAUUGGUAAUUUUAUAAACCUACCAUACUCGUUGGCAAAGAGGCACCAAGAAGGAGUUUGUUAUCGCCUACAGUCUGCUGAAGGUGGAAAUAGCACGUUUAUUUGCAAAGGCACUGAAAUUGGGCCAGGUAAAACAUUAUAUGUUGGUGAUGUUGAAGAGAGUGGG